AGAUUUGUGUGAUUUUGGGUCGGAGAAGAUGGGUGUUGUUCCUGUUGGUGGGUUUAUCGAUUGUCAAGAAAAAGAGCUAGAGUUGUUGAUGGGAUGCAUUCUCGUGUCUUUAGAAAACACUGAAAACGAAAUCACUGAAAACAACUUUUUAUCGUUUUCAACUUUUAUUCACAAAGUUAGAUUGCACCGAACAAAGGUGUAUUUGCGGAAAACAGGAAACAAAAACAGAAAACGGGCUCAAAAGCAAUAGUACGACACAUUUGAGCAAGUUUAAAUAUUUGGAACCAUGUCUAGCCCGGACCACAAUCUACACCUGCUUCCACAGAGCCUAAGCAUCCUUCACGUCAUCUGCUAGAAAAAGGCAAUAAUUUAGCCAUUAAGAUGCUAGAAGAUGAUACAACACUAGCAACGGCCCGUAAUUCCAAUGCAGAAACUGCCUUACAUGUCUUGGCUCGAAGGCCUUUAGAAUUUGGUGGCCGAAGUACUUUAGGAAUGUGCAGUAGGCUCAUGAACUCAUUAGUCUCAGGCACUGAGGAUUCGUACAAAAGCUUGAAGCAAACUAAAGCCCUAGAACUAGUCGAAUGCCUUUGGAAUCAAAUCUUGAAACACGACGAUGACGAUGUCAUGUGCCUCAUCACAGAACCUUCAGAAGUACUAUUUGACGCGACGAGAUUAGGAAAUUAUGAGUUCCUGUCUGUGCUUAUUAAUGCUUAUCCAGAUUUACUAUGGGAAACUGAUGACGAAAAUCGGACUAUAUUCCAUGUUGCAGUCUUGUAUCGUCAUGCAAGUAUCUUCAAUUUAAUACAUGAGACAGGUUCAAUCAAAGACAUCAUAGUGACAUAUACUGAUGAUGAGAAUAACAACAUUUUACAUCUUGCUGCAAAACUAGCACCUCAAAAUCAACUCAAUCUUGUGUCAGGUGCAGCUCUACAAAUGCAGCGAGAGUUAGUAUGGUUUGAGGAAGUGAAAAAGAUUGUUCAACCUCUGUCCAUAGAUAUGAAAAACAAGGACGGCAAAACACCUCGAGAAUUAUUCACUAGUGAGCAUGAGGGGUUAUUGUGUAAGGGAGAAUCAUGGAUGAAGAACACUGCAAAUUCGUGCAUGCUUGUUGCGACCAUUAUCACCACUGUCGUGUUUUCAGCUGCAUUUAGCAUACCAGGUGGUAUAGCUGAUAAUACAGGAGCACCAAAAUUCCUAAAAGAUACAGCAUUUCUCAUCUUUGUCAUAUCAGAUGGAGUAGCACUCUUUUCCUCUUCAACUUCCAUGCUGAUGUUCUUGUACAUCCUCACCUCACGGUAUGCAGAAAACGAUUUUCUCAAAUCCUUACCGUUGAAGUUAAUGGUAGGACUCGCAUCACUCUUCAUCUCCAUGACAUCCAUGAUGAUAGCCUUCAGCACGGCCUUCUAUUUAUCUUGUCACUACGGAUUAGGUUUCGUCUCAGAUUUUAUAUUUAUAUUUGCAUUUGUUCCAGUUGUCUUGUUCGUUUUCUUGCAAUAUCCACUCUUGUGCGAUAUGUUCUUGUCAACAUAUUAUUCAAGUCUUAUAUUUCAGCCAAGAAAGCAUAUGAUCCAAUAGAAAGCCAAGUCCUCAAUGUUUAACAUUACCCCCAGAAUAAUGUGUAUCAAUGCAUUAUAAUUGA